UUGUGAUAUUUAUUGAUUUAUCGAACGCUGUGUUGCACUUGCGAUGCAGCAACGGUAGGAUUGUUUUUAAAUUGUUUAAAUUAAACUUAACAUGCUGCGCCAGGAGAACUUGGCUGCUAACUUCUGCGGUCUACUCGCCGCCCACGGCUUCAAGGAAAAGGCCAACGAAUGGCGUAUUUUAGGCCAGGAGCAGGAUGGUUCGUUGCUGACUUCGUGGAUAUUCGAAUUCCUGGAUGAACCCGACAAGCGAGAAACCUGCAUAGGUCACUUUCACGCUACGAAGAAGCAACUGCGCGUGCUAAGAACGCUGCCAGGUUGCGUGGAAAUAAUCCAGGCGAGCAUUAACAGCAGCAUCACUUUGUUGUCGUUUGUGGUCAAGUCAUCGUCGCAACUUUAUGAGGCCUUCGUUGUGGAGGUGCGUAGCAGUGAGGGCGGCACGCCAAUACCUCUAAGUGCGGAGCCAUCGUCACGACAAAUCAUGACACAGUUUCUGUGGCGUGUGGAGAGUGCAACACGCACGUGUUGGCAGGACAAGCUGCUAGUGCUCACCCACGAGGACUCCAUCAAACAGUACAGCUGCACAGUCAAGCAGAGCUCAACAACUACACAAACGGGCAGUGUCGAAGGCAGCGCCUGGCACUUGGAUACCAGUAUCCUGACGCAUGAAACGCUGGCUAAGAACUUCAGCUGGGCCCAAUGGGAUGCUGAGUGUCAGGCAUUGUACUACAUACACCUGAAGCCCAAGGCGGUCAGCCUGAGCUUGCUAGACGAGCGGGAGCAGAGUGGCGAGCAGGCGGCUCCUGCUUUAAGUCCAACACUAUCUGCAUUCCAAUUCAACGAGAAGCAGCCAACGGAAACAGUGCUCAACAUUCCACUUAACCUGCCUAAGCUGCCCACCAGAGACAGCGAGGAGGCGCCACGCUACGACGAUGAUGCUGUGCCAUUGCGAGUCCAUGACAGUUCGCUGAAUCUGAUCAUUCUGGCCGAUAGCUCAGGCAUGUUCUUUGUGUGCCAUUAUUACCUUUAUCAGCCACAGCAAAUGCAGGAGUCCUCGAAGCAGCAGGACGUACACUUCGCCUACUCGGUGUCGCUGCUGCAUCACGGCUGCGUGGUGCACUGCGUCAUGCCGGGCGUGCCCUGGCAAAAGGCGCGUUUGUUGCGUCCCACUUUUGCAAUGCAGGGUGCCCAUCAUCUACUGGUUUCGUCGGCAUUCUUUGUGCAUCUACUAGAUGUGGGUUUGCAGCACGAACCGUGCUGCCACAUUGUGUGCCCGUCAGUCAAUACGCGCAGUCCCGACGUCACUCACCUGGUGCCGUUGCGUAAGUGGGGAGCUUUGGCUUACGACGCUGCCACCUUGGAUCUGGUGUCGCUCAAUGUGCCGAGGGCGCAUCUCAUAGAUACGUUUCGCAAUGACAACUCGCUGGACAAUCGUAUCAGCAUUAUACACUACUUUCUGAUACACUCCACAGACAUGGAUGUGCUGGCCGAGCUGCUUAGCAGUAUUCUGGAGCGACCUCUUUCGCUGGACACGGUGGCGUUGCUCAAGGAGGCGCUCAUUGCCGGCAGCUAUGCGGCCGCAGUGCGUGGUUUGCCCGAGGAGGCAAAGCCACUGUUGCGCCUGUUGCCGCUGACCACCGCUGUUGCUACACGACCCAUUCAGGCACGUGUGGCAGAUAUCAACGUAGGACUGUCGCAUGAGGCGCUGCACAACACGAGCAUGAUGCUGUUGUCACCACAGCAGCGACUGUCGCCAUAUCGCACCGACAUUUGGACUCGGCUGUGGGAGCUACUGAAUGAAUCCGCUAAACAGGAGCAGCCGCGUUUCACCGCCGAGCAGGUGACAGAGAAACUUAUCUUCAGUCUGGCCUGUUAUCAGCCAGAGGCGCUGUCACCUUGCACCACGCCCAUGACACCGGAUACGGGCAGUGGCGGAUUUGGGGACUACAGCAGCGGGAGCGCCUUUCCCUUUAGCAACGAGGUGCUGCCCUUCAUUGAGCAGGAGGGCUGCACGGCCAGCAAGCAGGAACACGUCAUCUCUGUGUAUUUGCGCGAGUUGAGCGUGCAUCUAGUUAAGCACUCGUCGAAGCCGCACUCGGGCUUCCGUUGGCUUAAGGAAACAUUCUUUGAGCGCUCACAGGCUCCAGCUCAUGUACAUGCAGUUGCCUCACAGUUUGUCUCUGCUCAGUUGGAAUUGUCACGUGCCCUUUGCUCUCUUGUCUGUCGCGCCGCAGGCUUGGAUGCACGACUUGAGACACUGCGAGGUUUUCAGUUGAUUGAUCAGAUGUCAGCCAAUCAGCAGCACUCGCUCUUUCUCAUACUGGAACGCUAUUGCUUGGCGGUGGAAACAAUUGCUUUUCCGCUGCCUGAAGGCUUCUCCUCGUUCUUCACAUAUUUGGGCUAUCGCGCUUUGGAUUACGACAUGUUUCUGCAGUACGUGGAGAACCAUGUCUUUGAGCUGCAAGUGGAUGUUAUGAAGAGCAUUGUCUAUGAUAUUGAGGAUUCGCCGCUGGGCACUGAACGUAAAUUAUCAUUGCUUUCGGCGCUGCCCAAGCAACGGGCACAACGCUUGCUGAAGUGUUGGCAACAUCCGGAUAGUUUAAUGAUUCGAGGACGAGAGCACGCCGCGAAUAUAUUGUCGGGUCAACACCAGGAACAGCCACAACGUCGAGGCUCCGGUAGCGUGUCACAGCAGUCACGUAUGCACACUAGAAGCGAUCUCACUGCGGAAACUUUGUCGCCGUUGAACUCAUUCCUUGAUCUGCUAACAGCCAAAGCAAGUCUAAAUGAAUUGGACUACAAUUUGUUAAUUGAAACGACGCUGAGUUCCAUGGAGCUGCUUAAAGUCAGCGAGUAGUGUAGCUAUUAAAAUCCUUAAACCCAUUUCCUAUUGUCAACGGAGAGUAUAUUAACUGUAUUAUUUAUAUUUAUGUAUGUUUAUGUGUCAAAUGUCAACAAAUGGUCUAUAAAGCUAAGAGUCUAAUGCAAUGGAGUACUAUUAAGCCAAUCAUUGUGAUUGUCAUAUUGUCUCAGUUUAAAGACUAUUCACAUCUUGCUUGUGUAUAUAAUUUAUUUCAACUCUAUGUCUAAAUUAAGUGCAGCUAUUUAUAUUGCAGUUUCCGUAGAAAAUAAACGAUGAUGCCAAA